GGGUCCCGCGCGCCUGGAGACCCUCCCAGGCGCAGCGCCUCCUGCCAACGCAGGCAUUCAACUCCGCACCCCGAGACCCGCAGAUCCCCACGCGAGUUCCCUGCAGCCGGCCCCAUCGCCAGCCCCAGCACCCGGAGCGUCCGCCCAGGGCGGCGCGUCCCUGAGGCCGCCAGGCCGGUCCCCUCUGUCAGUCCGUCGCGUCCACCCGUCGCGUCUGCUCGCGGUGCCAUGCCGUUCCUCGGGCAGGACUGGAGGUCCCCCGGGCAGAGCUGGGUGAAGACGGCCGACGGCUGGAAGCGCUUCCUGGAUGAGAAGAGCGGCAGCUUCGUGAGCGACCUCAGCAGUUACCGCAACAGGGACGUAUACAAUAAGGAGAAUCUUUUCAACAGCCUGAACUACAAUGUGGCAGCCAAGAAGAGAAAGAAGGACAUGCUGAACAGCAAAACCAAAACUCAGUAUUUCCACCAAGAAAAAUGGAUCUAUGUUCACAAAGGAAGCACGAAAGAGCGCCAUGGUUACUGCACAUUGGGGGAAGCUUUCAACAGGCUGGACUUCUCAACUGCCAUUCUGGAUUCCAGAAGAUUUAACUACGUCGUACGGCUGUUGGAACUGAUAGCAAAGUCACAGCUCACAUCCCUGAGUGGCAUUGCCCAAAAGAACUUCAUGAACAUUUUGGAAAAAGUGGUACUGAAAGUCCUUGAAGACCAGCAAAACAUUAGACUCAUAAGGGAGCUACUCCAGACCCUCUACACGUCCUUAUGUACGUUGGUCCAAAGAGUUGGCAAGUGUGUACUGGUCGGGAAUAUUAACAUGUGGGUAUACCGAAUGGAGACGAUUCUACACUGGCAGCAACAGCUGAACAACAUCCAGAUUACCAGGCCUGCCUUCAAAGGCCUCACCUUCACCGACCUGCCUUUGUGCCUACAACUGAACAUCAUGCAGAGGCUGAGUGACGGGCGCGACCUGGUCAGCCUGGGCCAGGUGGCCCCCAACCUACACGUGCUCAGCGAGGACCGACUGCUGUGGAAGAGGCUGUGCCAGUACCACUUCUCCGAGCGGCAGAUCCGCAAGCGAUUAAUUCUGUCAGACAAAGGACAGCUGGAUUGGAAGAAGAUGUAUUUUAAACUUGUGCGAUGUUACCCACGGAAAGAGCAGUAUGGAGAUACCCUACAGCUUUGCAAACACUGUCACAUUCUUUCCUGGAAGGGCACUGACCACCCGUGCACAGCCAAUAACCCAGAGAGCUGCUCCAUUUCACUUUCACCCCAGGACUUUAUCAACUUGUUCAAGUUCUGAAUCCCAGCACAUGACAACACUUCGGAAGGGUUCCCCUGCUGAUUGGUUGGGAAUCCAGAGUUGGACACUUCAUGUGUAAAUAGUGUACAUUUUAAACAUUGGCUCGAAGCUUCUGAGAUAAGUCGUGGAGAGGACGUUGGAGGGGAGAGAUGCAGUCGCUGGCUGGGAAUUUAAGAAUAUGGACUUCUCGUUAGAAUUGGUAUGGAAAAGUGGAACUACUGUAAAUAAACCUUUGUUCCUAACAAUUUGCCAGCAAGACUGUAAGGGCAGGAGUCCUGUUUCAUCAGUGAAAAUGGAAUUCUCUUGAUGUUCACUGAUAUCCUGUAUAGUUUCCCAGAGACGUGGAAGCGAAGGGCAAAGCUCAAGUACAAGGUAGAACAUGCUUUUGUUUACAACGUGAAAAUUUGUUUAAAAGAAGAAAAGAAAAAAAAAGAAGAAAAGCUACGGAUGAGAAUUCCCUGGGCUUUUGGGUUUGAUUUGGGGUUUGUUUUAAAAAGGCGAGAAGUACCACCCAUCUUAAAGCCGCGUGGGCAUAGGGCCUUAUCUUACGAAGAUGUCACACAAUAGUCUACCUCGCAAAACAUACAGUGAUCUCUCUGACAAAGUGCGUUGUCCAGUAGGCAAUGUCUGUGUUUCUUGUUUUUUUUCAUCAUAUAAAAAAAAGUGAUUUAAAAUGGGAAGGGAGCUUGGAAGCAAUCCUCAUUAUGUUCCUUUGUAGGCAAAUGGGGCACUCCUUGGAGUUGCCGCUUUCCUAGAACCACCACAAAACACGCAGGCCUUUUUUCCUUUCGUGUCGUAGCUCAUCCAGGGCAGCAUAAGGCCAAUUAAAACCAGUCCUAGAGUUAGUGCUGCCACAGAAAAGAUAGAGCCAGUCACCCUGUAGCUGUGAAGACUUUCUUAUUCCUGUUUAAUCUCUUGGCUUGUCUGCUUCCUGCGGUAUCUUCCCAGAUUAAGCAUAAGUGUAUCUCUGUGGACUGGUUGGAGCCAGAGUGCUGAUAAAGUCUUGUAACACAGGAUUGACGUAUCAGUGAAACGUUUUACCAGCUGCCGUUCCUCUUGGCGGGUGAUGAGCUGGGGAGCUUUCUUUUCUUUCCAUCCCACAACAAAACGGAGUCCACCUGGGCUAGGGCUUCUUACAGGGAUGAUAAAAUAAAGCCUGGAGUUCCCGCCAGACAGGGAACAGAGGUGCUGUGAGCUCAUCCUAAACUUGCUUCAUACCCCAUGGGGCAUCUUGCCAGGAAAUUAUCAGCAGGUAACUAACUACGUGGAAGGAAGGAAAUCUCAGGCUGUAGUGAGUUUAUUGUCAAAUGUUCCUGGGAGGGGGUGGGGAGUGUUUGUUUUUUACUUUUUAUAGAACUUUGCUUUUCUACAACAAUGUACAUAUUUUCGCCAUUGUAUUUGCUUUGCCUUUUUUUUUUUUUUGUAAAUAAAAUGAUCGCCCUGCAUGUACCUAGGCAAAUAAGUGAAGCAGAGAUAGGAAGUUGGUUCACAUUCAUGUUGAAGAACAGUGAAUCCUGAGGGGUUGAACUUGGGGUGAUCUGAAGAGGGCAAAGAUAGUUCCACGUGUACGGAAACAUGCCCAGGGACCAGCUAGCAAUGCAGGGCCUCUCCAUGCCCGUCCCUCAACACGCAACCCGAGUACCUGCAUUUGGAAGAGACGCCAGCUAGUCGGUGCUCCUCACCUUGUAGUGUCUGUGCCUAUCUUAGGGUUUCUCAAUAUUUUUCCAUUACCACCCUCCAAGAAGAAAAAAUUAAAUUGAAUUUAAAGUCUCCCUAAUGAGAAAAAUUAAAGAUUAACCAAUAAAAUCUUGUUGGGUCAGGUUGAGCUUUGGAGGGCCACAAGCCAUUGUAAUACUGAGAGGCGUGUCAAGGUCACACUGAGGAUGAAAAACCUAGUUCUUCCAUAAGUCAGACAGGCUCUCUCAAAUGUCUCUGCUUCCUUAAAGAUGUCAGGGGUGGAGCUGGGUCUGUCGUUGCUGUGAGAGCUCUGGAACCUUUGACUCUGAUCAUUUGAGGUUUAUUCAAGGCCUUCCACGUUCUUCCCACCAGCUCACGAUCUCUGCCCCUUCAUGCUGACCAAGGAGGUGGAAGCCCCUGGGCCCCUUCGGGCUUGCAGUCCCAGAAGCGUUGCCUGCUCUGGGCUGUCAGCACAAAGCUGGCGAACCAGUCUCCUUUGGACUGUCUGCCAUGCUCGUGAUGGCGCAUGAUGCCCCACGCGGCUAGACGCCUCGGUGCAAGAUGACCCCGACCAUAAGUGACAGAGUGAUGGUUUUCUGAAACGUUUACCUAGAUGGUGCCUCUGGGCUCGCCCACCUCCUUUGGUGUUAUUGGAGGUGGUGCGUGACAGAGUCGAGGGACAUGUUUAAGGAGAGAAAAAAAGAAGCCGACUUUUGUGGUUGUCUUCCACUGGAAGAGGAGAGUAAGAAAGGAAAUGGCAGGUGCAGCGGGAGAGGGAAGGGAAGAGAAAUGGCGUAUCUGUGGUGCUGAGGUUCGUGUGCGCGCCGUGGGCAUGAGCGCCGCGGGCACGGGGCAUCUGUGUUGGGGCCACGUGGCAGCUGUGAAGCGUGGCCAGAGCCUCCUGUGUAAGUGAAGUGAGGUUAAAAAGAAAAAUCUUGUUCCCUGGGCAUUAAUAAUCUAUACAAUUUCUAUUGUCAAAUCCUCCCAGGAUAACCUGACCUAAAAAUCAAAAAGCAGAGAAUCCCUGUCUCAGAACUGCUAGUCUAAAAGCCAGAAGGGACGCGAUGAUGGAAAUUGCCGGGAGAGAUAGAAUGCUCUACUCUCUCUGUUGUGCUGACCUACCCCCCACCCCAACCUUGUGACGUAGAAUUUGAAACUGAUAUCCAAUAUGAAGUAAUUUCGGCUUUCAGAAAAGGAAAGAGUUUUGUCCAGGGCAAUGGGAACCAAUCCAUAGGGAGGUUAUAAAAUUUGGCCCAACUCAAAAGGUUUCUGAGCAUUGAGCCUAGAAUUUCUUGAGAAUAAAGCACAGCCUUUGAGGAGAGGGACUAUGCGAACGAAGCUUAGGAAUACUCACUUUAGAGCAAGAGCCAGAAAAAAGUCCUAUGACAUUUUAAGCUAGAUAGUAUUCUUCCUCAAGGCUGUUAUUUUGAACAGAUGGAUCAGUCACGUGGCAGGAUGAGUGGCAGAAACUACAGGUAAAAACAUCCCCAGGGUGUCACUUGCGUGGUGACAUUUUAGUGAUGAUCAAUUUUAUAUAGAAGUGGGUUGAAGGAGAUAUUUUAGAUGAGCUGGAUUUCCACCGCAAAACUGAACACAAGAGCAGGCUUUAUUUGGUGAUGGUGAAAUAAGCCAAUGAGUGCAUAUUGCAUUAUUGUUUCAGUUCCCAUUUUUGUGGAUUCAAAAACUGUUUUUCAUGAUGAACUUGCUAUUAGCAGAGGCUCCGUGUUCCUCUUGUUUUUAUGUGGGAGAAGAGAAAGAGUUUGGAAUUUCAUUUGUCUAAGCAAGUGGUGUGAUUUACAAAAAGGUCAAUCAUUUCAAGACAUGUUCAACAGUUUAUCAUCUUUAGCGUUCAAUACAAUGUUUAUCAUAAGAUAUGCACCUGAGUUUAUAUUUUUCUGCCAGGCUGUAGGGAAAAAUAAUGUCUUGCGAUGGCAAACACUAUUUUAUGUGUGAAUUUUUUUAACUGUAAUUUUAUGUGUGAAUUUUUUUCUAACUAAACUAUAUCAGUUUCUAUGUUGA